CUGUAGCGAUCUCAUGCACUAUAAUGCGUCCUGUGCUUGUUGAUCGCCGCUCGGCUUUGACCUGUUGGAUAUACCCUCAUGUCUAUUAGGAUGGCUCGUUUUGGGAACGAUGUGCCGGCGCGUUAUGGAGCUCCGCCGGGCGCGGGGAGAGCAGGAGCCCGGCCGGGAGGCGCACCGGGCGGCCAGAGGCUCUACAAGCAGUCGAUGGCGCAAAGAGCCCGGACUAUGGCUCUGUACAACCCCAAACAGACCAAGCAGAACUGCUUCACCGUUAACCGCUCCCUGUUCAUCUUCAGCGAGGAUAAUGUGAUCAGGAAAUACGCCAAAAGGAUCACAGAGUGGCCUCCAUUUGAAUACAUGAUCCUGGCUACCAUUAUCGCCAACUGUAUUGUCCUGGCGCUGGAGCAACAUCUGCCAGUCCGUGACAAGACGCCCAUGUCAGAACGCCUGGACGACACGGAGCCCUACUUUAUUGGAAUAUUCUGUUUCGAGGCUGGCAUUAAGAUCAUCGCCCUGGGCUUCGUCUUUCAUAAGGACUCCUACCUCCGCAAUGGCUGGAAUGUAAUGGACUUUGUUGUUGUCCUCAGUGGGAUUUUGGCCAAGGUGGGCUCAGAAUUUGACCUGAGGACGCUGCGGGCUGUUCGAGUGCUACGACCUCUCAAACUGGUAUCAGGAAUCCCCAGUCUCCAGGUGGUGCUGAAGUCCAUCAUGAAGGCCAUGGUUCCUCUCCUGCAGAUCGGCCUUCUGCUCUUCUUUGCUAUCGUCAUGUUCGCCAUUAUCGGUGUGGAAUUCUACAUGGGCAAGUUCCAAACCACCUGCUACAAAAAUGGUACAGAAGAGAGAACUGCGGAUUACCCCUGUGGUCUGGAGGCUCCAGCUAGAUUAUGUCCCAGUGGCUCCGUGUGUAGAAAAGGAAAAGACUGGAAAGGACCGAACUUUGGAAUCACUAACUUUGACAACAUCCUGUUCGCUAUUCUCACCGUCUUUCAGUGCAUCACCAUGGAGGGAUGGACCGAUAUUCUGUACCAUACCAACGAUGCCAUGGGCAACACUUGGAACUGGCUGUACUUCAUUCCCCUCAUCAUAAUCGGCUCCUUCUUCAUGCUCAACCUGGUCCUGGGAGUCUUAUCAGGAGAGUUUGCUAAGGAACGAGAACGUGUGGAGAAGAGACAGGAGUUUUUGAAGCUGCGUAGGCAGCAGCAGAUUGAGAGAGAGCUGACCGGCUACCUCGAGUGGAUCUGUAAGGCGGAGGAGGUGUUGCUGGCUGAAGAGGAUGAGAAUGCUGAGGAGAAAUCUCCACUGGAUGGUGCGUGGUACAAGAGGAAACAGAACAACCAGGUGCUGAAAAAGGCCAAGAAGGGUAAGAAUGACCUCAUCAGCGCAGAGGAAGGGGAGGAACACUUCACAGACAUCUCCUCUGUUGCGCCCCCUGGAUCCCCGUUUGCUCGAACCAGCCUGAAGGGCAGCAAGAGCGAAGGUUCCUCAUACUUCCGCCGCAAGGAAAAGCGAGUACGUUUCUUCAUCCGCCGCAUGGUCAAGGCCCAAAGCUUCUACUGGAUCGUGCUGUGUAUAGUGGGCCUGAACACGCUGUGUGUCGCCAUGGUUCACUACAACCAGCCUGAGUGGCUCAGCCAUGCACUGUAUCUGGCCGAGUUCGUAUUCCUGGGUCUGUUUCUGUCUGAGAUGACUCUGAAGAUGUAUGGCCUGGGGCCCAGGAAUUAUUUCCACUCCUCAUUCAACUGCUUCGACUUUGGGGUCAUCGUGGGCAGCAUAUUUGAGGUCAUCUGGGCAGCCAUUGUGCCGGGAGCAUCUUUUGGCAUCAGUGUUCUAAGAGCUCUGCGUUUGCUCAGAAUCUUUAAAGUCACCAAGUAUUGGAACUCACUGAGGAACCUGGUGGUGUCUCUGCUCAACUCUAUGAAGUCCAUCAUCAGCUUGCUCUUCCUCCUCUUCCUCUUCAUCGUGGUCUUUGCUCUUCUUGGCAUGCAGCUGUUCGGAGGACAGUUUAACUUUGAGAAUGAAACCCCCACGACAAAUUUCAACAAUUUUCCUGCAGCCAUAAUGACCGUGUUCCAGAUUCUGACAGGAGAGGACUGGAAUGAGGUGAUGUACCACGGGAUCGAAUCACAGGGUGGAGUUCCGCUCGGGAUGUUCUCCUCCGUUUACUUCAUCGUUCUGACUCUAUUUGGCAACUAUACUCUACUCAACGUCUUCUUGGCUAUUGCUGUUGAUAACCUUGCUAAUGCCCAGGAGCUGACAAAGGAUGAAGAGAAGCAGGAGGAGGCUGCCAAAAAGAGCCUGGCCCUGCAGAAAGCCAUGGAGGUAAAGGAGGUCAGCCCCAUUUCAGCGGCUAACAUCUCCAUCGCAGCUUUAGUAAAGCAAAAUCGAGAUGUGCUCUCUCGCAGCUCUUCCGUCUGCAGCGUUCACUCACCCAGGGAGCAGCUGCGAUCUCUACAGAAAAUGUCCAUCUGGGAGCAGCGCACCACGCAGCUACGUCGCAGCAACCUGCGCGGCAGUACCGAGGCCCUCUACAACGAGCUCGAACCUGAGGAUCGUCUCCGCGUGUCCUCCGCACUUCACCUGCACCCUGACAUGAAGGCUCACCAUGACCGGCCCCUGGUGGUGGACAAAACCGACCCUCCGGAGGACAGGGAGACCCCGGAGGAGCCGCACAGGCGCAAACAGCACCGGUGCCGCGGGGAGAACGGCGAGGCCGGGGAGGGGCGUCGGCAUCGGCACCACAGUCGCGAUCACAGAGGACACCAAGACGGUGCGGAGGACAGGGAGCAUCGUCACCACCACUCGCACCGGUCCAGAGAGGAUGGCGGUGACGGGAGUAACGGAUCGAAGGGAGAACGGAGGCAGAAAGGGCAAAGAGAGGGUGAAGCAGGGAACGGUGAGAGGAGGAGGCACAGGCCUCGCAUCAAAGCUCAGUCAACAAUUGAUGCGGAGGAGUACAGGGAGAACAGAGACCGGGAUACGCCCUGCCACAGGGACAAGCUGCUGGAUGCAGAUGCAGAUCGAGAUGGAGAUGGUCUGGGAUCGAGCCCCACGCACUUACCCAUCGUCCCACAGGCAGGAGAGAGGCAAGAGGACUCGGAUAACCUGAAGAACAGCACCAUGGCCAGAUCGAAUGCAAUCAACAUUCCUGUAACCAUCACGGCUCCUCCAGGAGAGACCACCAUCAUUCCCCUGAAUAACACUGAUGGUGAGAAUCAGCUGCUGAACGAAGAGAAGAAGGAUCUGGAUGAGCUGAAUCAGAAUGCCCCCAAACAAAUCCUACCCUACAGCUCCAUGUUUGUGUUUGGUCAGUCCAACCCGGUACGACGACUCUGUCACUACGUAGUCAACCUGCGCUACUUCGAAAUGUGCAUUCUUACAGUGAUCACAAUGAGCAGCAUUGCGCUGGCUGCAGAGGACCCAGUGCACGCGAAUGCACCCCGGAAUAACGUGCUUAAAUACUUGGAUUACGUAUUUACUGGAGUGUUCACGUUUGAAAUGGUCAUAAAGAUGAUUGACCUUGGACUGCUGCUCCACCCUGGAUCCUACUUCAGAGACCUGUGGAACAUUCUAGACUUCAUCGUGGUCAGCGGGGCGCUGGUGGCGUUCGCCUGCUCGGGGACCAAAGGCAAAGACAUCAACACCAUCAAGUCUCUCAGGGUUUUGCGAGUGCUCAGACCUCUGAAGACCAUUAAACGCCUACCUAAACUAAAGGCGGUUUUUGACUGUGUGGUGAACUCUCUGAAGAAUGUACUCAACAUUCUCAUCGUCUACAUCCUCUUUAUGUUCAUCUUUGCCGUCAUUGCUGUGCAGCUAUUCAAGGGCAAGUUCUUCUACUGCACCGACGAGUCCAAAGCUGUGGAGAAAGACUGCAGAGGCCUGUUCCUGGAUUACGAUGGUGAUGAGGUAGCUGCUAAGCCGCGGGAGUGGAAGAAGUACGAGUUUCAUUACGAUAACGUGUUGUGGGCCUUUCUUACCCUCUUCACCGUCUCUACCGGAGAAGGCUGGCCCAUGGUGUUGAAACACUCUGUGGAUGCCACCUAUGAGGACAAAGGCCCAAGCCCAGGCUACCGCAUGGAGACCUCCAUCUUCUACGUGGUCUACUUUGUCGUCUUCCCAUUUUUCUUUGUCAACAUUUUCGUGGCCUUGAUCAUCAUCACAUUUCAGGAGCAAGGGGACAAGGCUAUGUCCGAGUGCAGCCUGGAGAAAAACGAGCGGGCUUGCAUCGACUUUGCCAUUAAUGCCAAACCCCUGACUCGCUACAUGCCCCAGGAUAAGCAGUCCUACCAGUACAAGAUGUGGAAGUUUGUGGUCUCGACGCCCUUUGAAUAUUCCAUCCUGACAAUGAUCGCAGUAAAUACUGUGGUUCUGAUGAUGAAGUUCAGUACUGCUUCCAAGCCAUAUGAGGACAUGCUGAAGUGGCUGAACAUCAUAUUCACUGCCCUCUUCACCUUGGAAUGUAUCCUGAAGAUCAUCGCCUUUGGCUUGCUGAACUACCUGAAGGAGGCGUGGAACAUAUUCGACUUUGUGACCGUCCUAGGCAGCAUCACUGAUAUCCUGGUCACUGAGAUCAAGCAGGACAAGCUCAUCAAUCUAAGCUUCCUGAGACUGUUUCGAGCUGCUCGUCUCAUCAAGCUUUUGAGGCAAGGCUACACCAUCCGCAUCCUGCUCUGGACCUUCGUUCAGUCUUUUAAGGCACUGCCGUAUGUGUGUCUACUUAUUGCCAUGCUCUUCUUCAUCUAUGCCAUCAUUGGAAUGCAGGUGUUUGGAAACAUUAAGUUAAUUGAUGAUUCAGCCAUUAACGAACACAACAACUUCCGCACCUUCCUUCAGGCGCUCAUGCUACUCUUCAGGAGUGCUACUGGUGAGGCCUGGCAUGAUAUCAUGCUUUCCUGUUUGGGUGACAGGCCCUGUGACCCGUUUUCAGGCUCCAGUGAAAAGUGUGGCAGUGACUUUGCAUACUUCUAUUUCGUCUCCUUCAUCUUCCUUUGCUCUUUCUUGAUGUUGAAUCUGUUUGUUGCUGUCAUCAUGGACAAUUUUGAGUACCUGACACGCGAUUCCUCCAUCCUCGGACCUCACCACCUGGAUGAGUUCAUCCGUGUCUGGGCGGAUUACGACCCCGCUGCCUGUGGGCGCAUAUGCUACCUCGAUAUGUACGAAAUGCUGCGCCACAUGUCCCCUCCGCUAGGUUUGGGGAAGAAAUGUCCAUCGCGAGUUGCGUACAAGCGCUUGGUGAGGAUGAACAUGCCUAUUGCUGACGACAACACGGUCCACUUCACGUCCACGCUUAUGGGUCUAAUACGCACCGCCCUGGAUAUCAAACUGGCAUCAGGUGUUCUGGCUCAGCGUCUGUGUGAUGUAGACUUGAGGAGGGAGAUUAAUAAAGUGUGGCCCAGCCUGUCAUCCAAGACUGUGGACCUGCUGGUAACACCUCAUAAACAUAAUGAGCUGACGGUUGGGAAGGUGUACGCAGCUCUGAUGAUAUUUGAUUACUACAAACAGAACCGGGCUAAAAGACUCCAGCAGCAGCAGCCUAAUGCAGGUCCACUGAGUAAAAUGAGCUCUCUUUUCAAACCCAUGUUGCCUCUUACUCACAUACAUGAAGAGCCACCAAUGAAGAGCGCCAGACCACCACAUCUUUUCCAAACUGACGCAGCUCCCCUGCCAGAAUUCCCUCCCACAACCCCUCUGUUGACCAACGGGGAGCCAAUGCAAAGCCAAAACAGUUCCAUGAAAAACUCUCCGGCGUUAGAGGCGACUCAGAGGGGCAGGAACUUUGUCCAAAGGGUCUGUUCAGAAGAUGUGCCAUACACAACCGAAUCUCAGGAAUUAGUAGAGAUGACAGAUAUGGAUAAUGAUUCAGAUGUUGGUGCUUUUCCAACACUGGAGGGCCACGGGAGGGCGGCAUCUAUGCCCAGACUCAGUGCAGGCUUCCAGCGGAACCACUCGCGCCACACCACCGGGACGUACCUAGCACCUAUCGCGCACGGCAGUCCCAUGAGGCGCUCGGCCUCCUCUUUGGCUCCUCAUGGAGGAGCGGUCGAAGUAAAUUUGAAGGAGUAUGUGCUGGAACGAGUGCCGACAGCAGAGAACCAGGAGAUGGAGAGUGAGCGGGGGCACCAACAUCAUCAUCAUCACCAUCAUCAUCACCGAUGUCACCGUCGUAGAGACAAGAAGCAUAAAUCGCUGGAUCGGGCUAUUAGUGAGGAAAAGCCUGGUAAUGUUGAUAUGAGCAAUGAGCCAUUACCCAGAGAAAGAGCUCGUGAGCUGGAGAGGGACCGAGGACGUUCUCAUGAGAGAAGGCAUCCUUCAUCUUCAGCUGUGGAUAAGAAGCAACGAUACUACUCCUGCGAUCGCUAUGGAAGCAGAGAGCUCUGCCAGUACCAAUCACCUGGGCCUAGUAGAUCCUCAUCACCCGGAGAAUCACGUGAACCCGAUCGAUUCAAACCAGGUGGUAGUUCAGCUAAGGGCAGCUCGGUGGUCUUUACCUCAGGCUCCAGUACCCCGUGCCGUGGGAGAAGACAGCUUCCCCAGACACCACUCACCCCAAGUACAGUGGCUUUUAAGACAGCCAGCAGCUCCUCAGUGCAGAUCCGCACCACCCGCCCGUCAGCCUUAGGCCCCACCUACAUGAGCCGUGGCCAGUCAGAGCAUGACGCCUUGCUUGGCAAAACCUACCACCCGUCUCCAGUUCCCGUCACUCGAAUCGGCUCCGACCCCAAUCUGGGCCCGUUGCAGCGAGAUUCCCCCUACUCUGAAGCAGAAGAUUUUCAAGACGCGUUAAGCUCUCACGGCUCCGGACGUUUUCAGAGGACUACGGUAUCUUCUUCGUACUCUUCUAUCGGGGCGUCGCCUACCGUGCCCCAGCAGAGUCGGAGCGGCGUUCCCAAUGGGUACCAUUUCACCCUGGGAGUGAGCGCAGCUUCGGGAUGCAGCCCCAGGAUUUCCCCCAGCUAUCAGGAGACAGAGAAGGAUGACUGGUGCUAGCACGACCGGUUUCUGUCUCUCAUGUAUCUGAAGUGCAGGAUGAGUUUUAUCAUCCUAGUCUCAAGCCCGUGCCAGACUCGUGCCUGGGUAUUAGUGUGAAGCUGGGGUGUUAAAGAAGUAAGCUAAUUAAAGAAGUAACAGUCCAGCAGGGAUAAUCACCCUAAUGUGGCUUGACAGUCUGUCUUGUUGUCAUGGUUUUCUGGUCACAGGCUGUAAAAAAUAACAGUGCCGUGGUACAUUUGGCCUGUUGUGAGUGCGAUCUGGCACUGAAGAGGAGAGACAUAGUUUAGCAAUGCUAACACAUACUGCCCUCCACUCUGUGGAAUCAUAGUAAUAGGGCUAAACUUAAUAUCUGCAAAACAGAAGAUAAUACAGUGUCUUGAAAAAGAUUCAUCCCCUAACAUACAUCAUUGUUACAUCCUGGGAUUUGUAACUGUAACUAAUAAAAAUAAUUAAAUUAAAAACUAAAUUAUUUUAUUUUAAGCAUUAGACUGAGAGUUUGUGCAACAUGGUGAAGCAAGGUUAGGCUUUUUAACCAAGUGGGGGGUCAAAACCGUACUGUGCACUAUUAAAUAUUUAUCAAUUCUGACUAGGAUGCCAGUUCCUGCUGCUCAAAAGCAUCCCUAUAACUUGAUGCUACCACCACUAUAUUUGACAGCUGAAAUACUUUUUAUGUUCACACAUGUACAAUUUAGAAUUUGAACUUCACUAAAGUCUUGUCAGACAACAAUACACUUCGCCACAGCUCAGUGGAAAAGAGCUCACAUUUGGUACAUUAAGGACAUUUUUAUAUUUAUUUAGACCAAUACCAUAUACCAUUCUAUUAGACCUUAACCAACACAGCUAAUCCUCAAACAUAUUCUGAGACGAUUAUCUCUAAUUAUCUCUACUGGGACAGUGGUAGCCUAGUGGGUAGAGCUUUGGGCUAUCAACUGAACGGUUAAGUACCAUAGCAUAUUACGAAAGCAAAAACGAUCAUGUUGCACAAAAGUGAGAUUUUAAAGAAUUAUGUGUGUUAAAGUCUUUAUUUAAAGAGAUAAGCAGUGAUAAGAGUGUCAGAGCAGUUAUUGAAUAUUGAAAUUUAUACAGACUGCAGGGGAGGAAACAUUGUAAAGCAGUUUUAGACAGAUUCUCUAUACAGAUAUCUAAAAGGCAGUAGCAUUUUUUACUGGUCUGAAUGAACUGAAUGCAUGUAAGGAGUUUAUGUAAUGUCGUGUUGUGAAAUUACAGUAUGUUUGGUGCAUUUUUUUUGCCAAAGAGUCAUGUUGAGCCUUUCUAGUAUAAGCCUGAAUGCAUUUGAUGGAGUAAAUAUGUGUUGUUAAGAAUAAGUGGGUUGUUCUUCGAAUAGUGUUGCAAGUCAACUAAGAAUAAUUUGCCAUGUCUCUGGAUUGCUAUUACAUUAAUUUAGGACUUUAAUUAAAAGAUAUUCAUGUAUUCACUUAUAUUUGGACUCGAGAAAUAGCCUCUGCAUCUUCUUUGUUAAGCCAUUGCUUUAACAGCACCUUGUGAUAAAAUGUCCAUUCACUUGUUUAUGAUAUUUGGUGUUACCAUGGAAUGUGAUAACACUACAGACAGUUCUUUGGUGUUAAUGUGAGAAGUGGUGACACCAGACACUGCAAGGUGAACUGCAAAAUUUAUUUUUAGAAUCCCAGCAAAAAAUGGUCUUUCUUUUAUUUAUUUAUUUAUUUAAAUUUUCUAUUUUUCCAACCUUUUUCUCCCCUAAUCUAAUCGUGUCCAAUUACCCUGAUUGCAUCCUCCACUGAUUCAACCCUCCACCGCUGACUGAGGACGCUUCUUAACUGACACACGCCUUCUCCGACACGUGCUCAGUACAGACUGCAUUUUUCACCUGCACGAGUGGAGUUUAUAUACCGAUCAGUGCUGUGUACGGAGAGCCACACCCUGAUCAGCAUUAUUCCUCAGCCCUGUGCAGGUGCCAUCAAUCAACCAGCAGGGGUCGUAAUUGCACCAGUUAUGAAGGCCUAUGAUCAGGCUUGCCCCUAACCCUAUGAACAACAGCCAAUCGUUGUUCAUGCAGCCGCCCAGCCCAGUCGGACAGCAGAGCUGAGUUUCGAUACUAUUUGUUUAUUUAUUUAUUUUACAAAACCACAUUGCACUUUUUGGCACACUUUAGUUGUACAAAGAAAUUGUAACUGAAAUGUUAUAUUUUUAUUUACAUUUUAUAUUCAACUGUGUUCAGAAACUGUCAAAUUCAUGACAAAUUUCUGUUUUACUUGGUUAUACCUCCAGUUUUAUGAGGCGG